AUGGCCGCGACGGACGGUAUUCUCUGCUCCCCCCAGCCCGAUCGCGUGGCACACACUCCCCUGUCGGCCCAGAUGUACAAGAAGCCGUCUUACUUGGACGCCAUACGGUUCACUGCUGAGACUGUGGUCCCUACCUCGUUGCGCAUGGCAGACGCCACUCGACGACGGAUGCGAUAUCACCAGGAAGAUGCCAACCCAUUCCGGGUCACCACGGACUCCUCACUUUCCCUGGCGUCCGCGUGCGAGAGGGACCACAAGCUUCGUCGCAGCGCUAUUACCUUUCGACGGUUGACAUCAGUCAACAGAACGAGUGCCGUGCUUGAAAUACUUUCUUCUGUGGGCCUGGAGGAACUUGAACAGACCGUUGUCGACUUGACCACCAUGACAUUGAUGGCUGACGAGAUGACGAGGCAGGUAAACUCUACGUCAACGGCGAUCGCGAAAUCCCUCCGCAGUCGCAACCCAUCCCUUCACUGUGUGGUCCAGAUGCACGAAGGCACUAAGCAGAAGAGCGAGCCAGCGUACUCGUCACAACGAAUCGAAACCUCGAGUUGGCUUGAGAUCCAAAGCCGCGCGCCGGGGACGACGCAGAACGAGACCAACGCUGCGGUCUACCUGCUCCAUGUCCCCGACCCCUUCUUCUACGCGUCCUCCAGCGCGCACGCCGAGCUCCGCGCCCACUUCGACGUGCUACGCACCAACGAGACGGUCACCGUGAUACUCAUCGCGGACGUCGUCCCGCAGAGUGGCAGCCGCGGCGGCCGCGGCGGCUCCCCGGAUGGGCCGGCAGAGGCUAGGGCUCUGUUGAACGACGUGCUGCUGCUCCAGGCGGGCCACGACGUCGUCUUUGACAUGAAGCGUCUCGAGGCGCUUUCGGAGUUUGCCCGCGAGGGCGCGGACAGGGUUACGGUUGUCAACCAGCUUUCGUCGGCAAGCCAUUCGUUGGUUGCCUUUGUGUUGCGGUCCCGGAGUCUUUCGAGUUAA